AUGGCAAUCGACCAAGCCCAUGAACAAAACAAUGCCGUCAUCAAAGGGGAUGGGGGAGCUGUUGGUCUGACAGAGGAUCCAUCAGCUCUUCGGAGGUGGAUGGUGGCUGGUCCAGAAAUUAGCAAAUUCGUUGCUGACUAUGAAGUCGUAUCAGGAAGCAAAGAGGCGAAGAAAGGAAGUCAUCACCAUGAGCAGUCGCCAACUGCUCAGAAGGCAUUCUUUGAAAAGGUUCAGCGGCUUACAAGUGUGAUAGAAGAAAUGGGCAAUCCAUUUUCGGAGGAGUCCACUGAUCUACUGUCGCUUGACACUAAGUACAUUGCUGAUCCUAUAGCAACGCUGCUCGUUGCAUCUCAUCUGGAGGAAGGGAAAGAGCAAUUCCAAACAUUCCAUAAACAUAAAGUCAGUCAGCAUUUCUAUCAGCCAAUUAAACGGAAUAAUAAAGAUUUCUUCAAAACAUGCACAGAUCCAACAGAGAAAUCAGAAACACAGCUACUAAAGGAGGAUUGUCAACUGUUCUCCCGCCUUUUCAUCUCCUGCCAAAGCAGAGGGUGUGAUUUACCAGAGUUUUUCAAACAUGAGAACCAAUCUUUCCCUCCGCGACUCAGCAAGCGAGGCAAACUACAUGUCGCUACCAAGUCUGAUCUCGUGGACGUCCUGCAAACCAAGGUGGAGCUUCCAGACACGAAGCCAGAAACUGACGUACUGAUAGUAGAUGGUGCAUUUCUAGUCAAUACAGUAACGCCGAGGACACCGAAGACGUUUGAAGAAUAUGCCAGACAGGAUAUUCUUCCUAAGGUGCAAUACUACAGUAACAAUUACAAGAGGACAGAUAUCAUUUUUGAUGUCUAUCACGAGUCUAGUCUGAAGUCUGAAGCACGAUCAAAACGCGGGAAAGCUAUCAGGAGGAGAGUAACGGCAAAGAGCAAAACACCGACUAAUUGGAAGAGCUUUCUAAGGGACAGCGCCAACAAAACAGAGCUGUUGAAUUUCCUUGCUGACGAAGUGGGUAAAAUGACCACAACGAAUGAAGUAAUUGUAACACAAGAGGAAAAUGCUCUACCAAGUUCCAGCCAUCCUGAUACUAAGAUAGACGAAUUGGCUCCUUGCAUACAUGAAGAGACAGAUACCCGGAUAUUUUUGCAUGCCUGGCUAAGGAUGGACACAAGUCUCUCAUGA